GAUGGGUUGGCCGGUGAUUGGCUCCUGCACUUCCUCUGCCUCCUCCAACACACAGGCUUGGGAAUCUGCCGCCUCUUCCUUUUCCUGUCCGCACUGCUGCUAGAUCCCGGCAGCAAUGGUUCCUGGUUGUGCUUCUCUCUGCUGCUGCUGUUAACUGGGAAAACAUCCUGACAGAGAUGCGUCUGAACACCAGAACCCUGUCACGUGUCAAGCAUUGCUGCUCUGCUGGACCCAUCCAGAAAAAGACAUCAAUAUAAAUGAGGCAUGGAGAAAUCACACUCUAAGGACCCAUUCCUCACGAUACAAAUAAACUCUGAGCAGGAAUGGGAGUAUAUUGAAGACAAAGAGGCGUCAUCCUCAGAUGGUAAUGAAGAUGCUACCCCGUUGGUUCGCUCAGGCCCACAAAAAGAUCCCUCAAAUGCGUCAAAGCGUGGGCAAGGGCGAGGGCACAAAAAGAAAGCCAGAUUCACACCAGAGGAAUUGGCUAUCGUUGUGGAAGAACUUUCUACCCACAACAAGCUCCUCUUCACCAUUCAUCAGGAUCCUGCCAAAGCCCAGUGUAAGGCUGCUAAAUGGGCUGACAUAUUGAACCGGGUCAAUGCUCAUCAAGUGACUUUCCGUACCAUAGACGACAUUAAGAAACGCUGGCAUGACUUGAGAAAAACAGCGAGGAAGAAGCUUUUUAAGAUUAGGAGGGAACAAGGAAAGCCUGGUGGAGUGUCACCAAGGAAGAAAACUCGACUCACUCGGUUAGAGAAAAUGGCCGCCAAGACCAUGACACCAAAGAUGAGCUAUUUUUUCAAUAGUGAUGAUAUAUUAAAUAGUAAUGAAGAUUCUGAAGUAUCGUCACAUGAAAGGUCACCUAAGAGUAAAGACCCUCAAAGAGAGCCAUACAUGACAAGACGCAACAGUCAGAUUGCCAUAACCCAAAUCAGUGAAGAGAAAAAUUCAGAAGCCAGUACAUCUUGUCACAGUUCCUAUUCUGAAGACAUGUUCAACGGCAAAACAGAAAUGUCUUCAGAGAGUGCAGCUCCUGAUCAGCACCAGUUGGCACACAAAGCAACAAGUAACCCACCGACUGCCAUGUCUGUAAAGUCCGAGGCUGACUGGGAGUAUGAGGAGAAGAAGGUCAUUAGAGAAGAGAGGAUAAUACGCAGAGGACAAUCUCACAGUUCAUGGGGGGCUUCUGCUGCACAGCCAACACAGAUGAUGAGCCGAUGGCAGGCCAAAGUGCACAAGAGGAAGGCCAGGUUCAACCCAGAAGAGCUUGCAAUUGUGGCAGAAGAAUUAUCUUCCUAUAAUAAGCUGCUGUUCCGUGCCCAGCACAACCUGGCAGACGUGCAGCGCAAGGCACACAAAUGGGCGGAGAUCUUGCGGAGGGUGAAUGUCGUAAGCAUCACUCACCGGACUAUUGGAGAUAUAAAGAAGAGGUGGCAUAAACUAAGAAGAACUACCAAAAAGAAGCUCCUACAGAUGAGGAGGGAGAUGCAAGAGAAGGGAGUGGAAGAGACUCAUCUUACAAAGUUCGAGGAGAUGGCGGCUCGGACAAUGACCCCACAGAUGAUCUAUGGAGUCUCCGAAGGGUUGGACAUAAUGGAAAGUGAGGACGAGGCACAGAUUUCUCUGUUGACCAAUGGCAUGCUGGAGGAACCUUGUGAGAUAACUCACGUGGUUCCCUGUGAGCAAGAAGAAGAGUCUAUCAACGAGACAGAGGCCCAAAAUAGCCAGAGAAUACUGAUAAAAAUGGUGCCCACAUCCUCUACCAAUAAUCACGAUAUUUCUAUGGAAGACCCAGAAAGACCCAUUUCUGUUAUUGCCUCCCCCGACACACAACUAGGCUUUCCUAGGCAUUCGCCAACGGCUCAGAUGAGAGGACAUGAGCCUGACGAAAUAUCGAUGCAGCCAGAGCUGCUGGUGCACCAUGUUGGACAACUAGUGGAAAGCAUUCGGGAACACAAUGAACUUCUCCGGAGCCAACGCAGAAACGAACUCUUGUUAGAGAGCAGAAUGGUGUGCCUGGAGAAUGCAGUAAAAACCAUGGUCCAGACAAAUCAUGCUCUAAUCCAGGCACAAGCCCAGCACACGCAGGAACUUGGACAUCUCACACAGGCCAUGUGCCAACUGGUGGAGCAAAUGGCAGCUUCCCGACCAGGACCUUUUCUCCCCAGUGCACACCAAGACCUGUCAUCCAGAACAGCGGUUUCUUACCUGCCCCCUUCUUAUGAUCCAUCUUUUCCUCGAUGACUGGAUUUUAUCAGUAGGUGUAUGGAGAAAAUAUCCUCCAUAUUGUUAUCCACAUUUCUUUCUUCUGUUCCAACACAUUUCUUGAACAAAUGCCCAGAAGGCUGAUUUCCUUAUCAUAUCUGCUGCUACAGGAUAUAUACCCCCUAUUUUCUCUACUUGCCACUAACUGGAAUUGGGACGUUGGCCCCAGACUAGACAUAACAGGGUAUAUUUCUAAUUCAGAACCCACUCUAGCGCUCUUCAAAGAACAUUCCAUUUUGGCCAGUCGCUGCAAUCUCUUGGGAAAGUAUUGUCUUAAAAAUAUGCAGCAAAAGUUUUCAAAACAAUUGUGACAUUCAGGUAAAUGCCCCCAGCCAACUCCGCUUUAAUAAACUGUAGCGGGAGGCAUGGUGCUUUGCACUGCUGCUUUACAGGGCUCUUAAUUUCAACAUUGGCAUUUUAUGCAAGUCAUGAUCCACAUGUCUGGUUUGUGUAAAGUGCUGUGUAAAAGUGGUGGUGCUAUAGAAUCAAGGGAUGAACCGAAUCCAUUAUAUUGGGAUUCCGCUAAUCCCAAAUCCUUUGUGAACGAUUUGGCCAAAUAUUAACGGAAUCCUAAUUUGCAUGUGGUUGGGAAGGGCAAAAGAGAACUAAAAAAUGUUUUACUUCCUGUUUCUGUGAUGAAAAGUUACAUGAUUUUAAAGAUGCUGUUUGACCAGGCUUGAGUAUUCGUCCAAAUCCUUCUGAAAAAGGCCCAACUGAAUCCUGAAUUCCCUGCAUCCCUAAUCCCCUAACAGCAUAGCAGGCCCUACAAGUAUUGGAACAAGGAUUUCUCUAUGUUCUACCCAUGUCUCUUUUUUUUGGAAAAUAUGUUAAAAGGAUCGAGGUUGUAAAUUGGUGUCAUGGCAGCUCAGUGCUAUAUAUUUAGUACUAACAAGGUAAAUGGCUUAUCCAAUAGUCAAAAUCAAACGUAGUAAUACAAGGCAGCGACACUUUUAUAUUUUUAGCGUACCAUGGACCUUUUACAUUGAUCUCCAAUCCUUGUAUAUAGAAAUGAGGUCCGAAUAAAAUUUAGGAGCUCAGUAUGGCAGUAGCAGUUAGCACAGAACCAUCAUAAUUCAUAGCUCAAACAAAUUCACACAGCACUGUUAACCACCCAGCCAUUGCCCUGCACUAUGCAUAAUGAUAGCAAUGUUAUAUAAAUAGAUCUAUCAAGUUUUAAAACAGGACCUUCAAGAAGAUAGUGCUGAGCCAAACUCAGGACCCAAGGCAGUGGCAGUAGUGUAACUUUGUGGGCCUGAGCUCCUUCCUUGGGCCCCUGCAUGAAAUCGUGGGUCAUAUAUGAAACGCAAAAUAAUAGGUCACCCACGAUUUUGGACUAUCUGCAACCCCUCUCUAUAAAGUAAACAGACCCGGACUGCAGGGUCUAAUGGCUCUAACCACUUAUAACUCCGCCAUCUCCUAAAGCAGAAGCGUAGUUACACACAAAUUGUCACUGUGGAACUCAGAGCACCAGCAUUACAAAUGAAAUCCAGAGGCACUGCGAGAAUUUUGUAUAUUCUCUGUGUUGGUUUUCUCCAUUUCCCUCAUCCACUCCAAAAACCCACCCUACUCUCACUCAGCUAGUCAGUUUCACUCAGAAAAAAAGCCUGCACUUGAUGAACGUGUGUCUUUUCAACCUCGCCUACUAUACAGGCAGGAUAACCGGUUCCUGAUUGAGCUAUUUUGUGUGAAUGUAAUAGGGCCUUGAUUGUAAGCUCCACCGGGGCAGGGACUGAUGUGACUGAUAUAAAAUCUCUGUAAAUCGCUGCAGAAUGUAAUACAUCCCAACUAUACCACUUUCCAUUGGUCGGUACUGAUUUUCUAAACACAGCCUGCUGUCCCGGAUUGGGUUAUGUUCUGAUUAGAGUUCGCACUGUGUUGGCCAUGAAAUGCUGGGUCAGAUACAAACUGUGUUGGUCAUGAUGUCAUAGUGUGUGUCAUGAAUUGAUGGGUGGGACACAAACUGGGUUGGUCAUGAAAUACUUGGGGUCAGAAUGUGUCAUGAAAUAGCAGGGGCUACUGUGUCUGUCAUAAAACACUGGUGCCCUUAGUGCUUUUUCACUACUGAUUAGGGACACCCGUAGGGGGGUAUUGCAGUCUGGGAUCCUAUGGCAGGGGGCCCUGCUAACUCUAUAGUAUGCUGCCAUUCCAACCAUGUAAAAUGUAGUGUUUUUGUUUAGUGGUUGUGAUAUUUUGAGGUGUGGCUACAACGUGGCCAUGGCACAAAAUUCCACUGCUGCUUAUGUCCCUCCUUAUACUUUUUAAAUGUUGCCAGGUAUGGACUGUGUCUGCGCUACUUAAAUAAAGGACAGUACUAUA